AGGGGGCAAAGAAAGCAAGUAGAAGAGCCAAUAUGUCUUGCGGAUCAGUUCAGGGCCUGCAACUCUUUCCAACACCUUUCCCGGCAAAUUCAGUGGGAAACCAUUGUACGAGCUUUAAGAAUUUCUGCUUCAAGUUUGCUACCUCAGCUGUGACCUUUCCUAUCACUACUACAAGCAGCAGAGUUGCGUCCAGCAAAGGAGUGGGUGUUAGAGUGGAGGAGAGUAGCCCAGAACCAGAAGAUAUCAUCUCUGGAGAAUGGCCCGAGAAUUUCUCGCUUCUCAAUUACGACGACUUGAUAGCUUAUCUCGAGCCAGAGAUCUUUAAGGACAAGAUGGAUCCUGCUACACUGUUGGGGGAAGUUAUGUCCACUGUAGUUCGGAUAGCUACGGUUGAUCAGAAGCUGGAGGAAAUCGAUCAUCACUUUGAGUUUGUAUCAGGGCUCCCCGUCAUGGACGACCAGUUCAGAUGUAUUGGUGUCAUUUCUAAGAAAGACAAGCCGAGAGCUUCUCUUGGGUUGAUGUCAAAGGUGGGUGAAGUCAUGUCAUCUCCUGCCAUAACUUCACUGCCUAACAAGACAGUUCUGGAUGCUGCAGCAGUGAUGCUCAAGGAGAAGAUCCACAGAAUCCCAAUUGUGAAUGAAGAAGGCCAGGUUGUAGGCAUUGUAACUCGCACAGACAUUUUCAGAGCAUUGGAGGGACUGCCAGCUUGAGCCACUCCCCUCCCCCAACCUGUUGUUAGAGUGCGCUUGUGUAAAUUGUAAUUUAUAGGAUUUGUAGAGCAUAUGUUGGAACGAACAAUAUUAUGUACUGAAAUCUGGGAUUAAAGCCAUCCUUCUAAAGAGGGUCGAGUA